UCAUGACAAUGAUCAAAAUAUUUGUCUCAUAUUACUCUUGCUCAUUUUUUUUUUUAACUUCUUAUAUUAAUUUAAUUACUUUAUAUACAUUAAAGCUUAGCAGGUUAGGGAAGACAUGGCGCUUCCAGCUACAUUUGUUAUUCUUCCUUUAGGCACUCUUUUCAUUCUUUCAGGCCUCAUUGUUAAUGUAAUUCAGGUUGUCAUUUUUGUCCUUUUUCGUCCAAUAUCAAGAUACUAUUACAGAAAAAUAAACAAAGUGCUCACAGAAAUACUAUGGUUGGAGCUCAUAUGGCUAGUUGAUUGGUGGGCAGGUGUUAAGAUUGAACUAUACACAGAUUCAGAAACUUUUGAAUUAUUAGGUAGAGAAAAUGCACUUCUAAUCUGCAACCACAGGAGUGAUAUUGAUUGGCUUAUUGGGUGGACCUUAGCUCAGCGCUCGGGUUGCCUUGGUAGCACUGUCGCCAUUAUGAAGAAAGAAGUCAAAUACCUUCCUGUUUUAGGUUGGUCAAUGUGGUUUGCUGAUUUUUUAUUUCUAGAAAGAAAUUGGGCUAAAGAUGAAGUAACACUGAAGACAGGUUUUAAGCAGCAAGUACAAAACCCAGUGCCUUUUUGGAUGGCUCUUUUUGUGGAAGGAACUCGCUUUACACAAUCAAAACUUUUAGCAGCUCAAGAUUUUGCUAUUUCAAGAGGGAUGCCUGUACCUAAAAAUGUUUUGGUUCCCAGAACUAAGGGUUUUGUCACAGCUGUAACACAGACACGAACAUUCAUUCCAGUCAUUUAUGAUUGCACAUUUAUAGUUUCAAAGACGGAGCCUUCACCUACAAUGACGAGAAUAUUUAGAGGCAUUCCUUGUACUGUGAAGGUUCAAGUUAAGCGACACAGUAUGGCGGAACUUCCAGAAACAGCUGAUGGCAUUGCACAGUGGUGUAAAGACACUUUUAUUGCCAAGGAUGCUUUACUGGAGAAAUAUAAUACUACCGACAUAUUCAGUGAACUCGAACUUCAAGAAGUUCCUCGACCUAAAAUAUCUAUACUGGUUGUGGUUUCUUGGUCUUGUCUCCUUGGCUAUCUUCUUUAUAAAUUCUUCAAGUGGUCUUCACUCCUCUCCACGUGGCAAGGCAUCUUGUUUACAGUGCUUUUCCUGGUCAUUGUGGCAGUUGUUAUGGAAACACUCAUUCAUUCAUCUCAAUCAGAACAUUCUAAACCCACCAAUUUACCUAUACAAGACCCCAUCAAGCAGCAGCUUCUUCAGACAUGAGCAAAGAUUCACCAUUAGUUAAUGUUAAUCACAUCACAUGCCUCUAUCUUAUUAUGCUACAUGUGUAUAUUACAUUUUUUCUUCUUCCCUAGCUUUUUGGUUUGAAAAUGCAGGAUUUGUUUUAAGUAAAAUAAUGUUAUCAAUAUCCGAACUAGUUCACUUCUUUUAGCUUGUAUUAGUUUUGGGUUAAGAAACCAGAAUAAUUAGACAAACUGAAAUUUGUUACUA